CUGUAACUUUCAUAUCAUCUAUAACUAACACUUCCAGUUUAAACGCGACCUGAGACGCAGUCGGUAUUCGUUUACACCAUAAAUUAACAGUUCUGGGAGCUAUGCGGCGACCGGGACAAGUUGGGGAAUAGCGUUUCUCUCAAUGAUGACCCUCUGCAAAAACUAAAAUGAACGGCUACGCUGGUUCUACGUGCCCAUCUGAAGGCUUCAGUGGCUACACCUCACAGAUGAAUGGCAAUGGAUCCCCAUCAACAGAGAUCCCAGUGUACAAUCCCAACAAAUCCAGUGCAAAGGCUCUCUAUGAGCAGAGAAAAAACCACAUUAAAAAAAGCAUGAACAACAUGACUGAUACGUCACAGUACCUUGUUGAGCAUCUAACGACGUUCAUAAUGGACCGAAAGGAUGCCAUGAUCACUGUUGAUGAUGGCAUCCGGAAGCUGCGAUUGCUUGACGCUAAAGGCAAGGUGUGGACACAGGAGAUGCUGCUUCAGGUGGAUGACAAAGCAGUGAGCCUUGUUGAUGCAGACAAUAAGAAUGAACUAGAGAACUUCCCUCUGGGCACAGUGCAACACUGCCAGGCGAUCAUGAACUCCUGCAGCUAUGACUCUAUUCUAGCGCUGGUGUGUAAGGAAUCUGGGCAGGGCAAAUCAGACCUCCACCUUUUUCAGUGUGAUGACAUUAAGGCAAAUUUAAUCCAAGCGGAUAUUGAGAGUGCCAUCAAUGAUAACAAAGGGGGAAAAGUCAAAAAGAGGCCAGAUGUUCUCAAAAUGAUUCGGAGCAAUGAUGGGGCAAUUCCUCCCCCUCCUGGGGGCCCUGCACCUAUACCCCCAGGAAAUUCCAGUCACACGGGUGCAAACAGCAGAGCAGCUACUUGGUCAAACAUGGCCAGUGACCCGCAAGACUAUGAUAACCAAAGGCUGUACAUGGAACAUGAUGAUUCUCCGGAGAUGACGGCAGCGCGUGUGGACAGAGAUGUGCAAAUCCUUAACCACAUCCUGGAUGAUAUCGAGUACUUUGUGACCAAACUACAGAAAGCUGCAGAGGCAUUUAAUGAACUCUCCAAAAGGAAGAAAACUAAAAAGAGUAAAAAGAAGGGGCCAGGAGAGGGAGUUUUAACACUACGGUCGAAGCCACCAGACCAGGAGGAGUUUAUUGACUGCUUUCAAAAAUUUAAGCAUGCCUUCAACUUGCUGGCAAAGUUGAACAAUCACAUUCAGAACCCAAGUGCUGUGGAUCUGGUUCACUUCCUCUUUAAUCCACUUAAAAUGGUGGUCCAUACAUCAGGAGGAAUAGACCUGGCCAUGAGUGUGGUGGUUCCUCUUCUCACUAGAGAAGCCAUCAUGUUUCUGCACUCGGCAGGCACUGCUGAAGAGCGCCACCUGUGGGUCACACUUGGAGAUGGAUGGACUAAAUGCAGGCUUGAGUGGCCCAAGGACCAUUAUUUCCCUCCUCACACCCUGCGUUUCCGGAAUGGCUGGGAGCCACCACUGCUGGUGAGCAGAGAUCAUGGCUUGAUGCAGCUGGCUGAGAGUCUAGCUCAGGGUGACGUCCACAGGCAGGAGGCACUGGAGACCCCAGACACCUACAUGACAUCCUCGUUUGCCAAGGAGGGCCAGAAGCAGCAGACUGGUAUGCAGGUCCCCCCCUCAGCAGACGGAAACACUGAAUCUGAUGGUAUGAGCCAGUCAAGAAAUUUUGCCAAAUCCAAAUAUGACUUUGUGGCAAGGAACAGCACAGAGCUGUCUGUGGUGAAGGACGAAGUCGUGGAGGUUCUGGAUGACAGAAAACAGUGGUGGAAGGUUCGAAAUGGUGCUGGUGCUACAGGAUAUGUGCCAAACAACAUCCUCGAGAUCACCAAAGCAGUGGACAUGACUGGACGUGGCGAGCCAAUUUACAGCCAUACCAUUCAGAAGCAAAGAACAGAAUAUGUGCCCAAACCAGGAGUGACCGCCCUUCCUCCUGCUCCAACACCACCUCCUCCAGCUCCUGCGCUCCCCACUACCCAGCCCCCCACCCCACUGCCCCCAGCUGCUGUUCCUCCUCCUGUCGAACAUCAUGGAAACUCAUCCUCUAGUGUCAGCCGGCAAAACAGCAGCACCUCCAGCGAAAAUGGCAGCAUCACCAUGAGGGAGCAGAGAACACCUGCAGCUGCACCAGCUAAUCGCCGCAAGUCUAACAUGGAAGAGGUUCAGGACGAGUUGGUACACAGGCUGACACUGGGUCGCAGUGCUCAAAAGAAGUUCCAGGCUCCACCACAUAGUAGCAGUCUGCUCACUGCUAACGUCAGCUAUGACUCCACGCCUGAGGAGGUCAGAACCUGGCUGCAGGUUAAAGGCUUCAGCACUGUGACGAUAAACAGUCUAGGUGUGCUGAGUGGAGCUCAGCUAUUCUCGCUGAAUAAAGAUGAGCUGAAGACAGUGUGUCCUGAUGAUGGAGCUCGAGUCUACAGCCAGGUUACUGUCCAAAAGGCUGCUCUUGAGAGGAGCUCGGGAUCUGAGCUGCAGGACAUCAUGAGGAAGAGGCAGGAGAAACUGGCAGCAACAACGGCCAGCGAUUCUGGAGUGGAAUCCUUUGACGAAGGGAGCAACCACUGACUCUGAAUAACCCCCAACUCAAAUCCCUCUUUUCCCUUUUGCACUUUUUUUACACUAGCACAUUGUCAUUUUCCAGGAUGCGGAGGAGCGUGCUCGAUUCGCAGCCAUCAUGCGCCGGCGCCAGGAGCUCCUGGAUCCACAGGACAACAGAACCAGCUCAGAUGUAGACUAAGCAGUAACGUGGCCAAAAACUCUUGUUUGCAAAAAGACAUAGAGGAUUGUAC